AUGCAACCGAGCAAGUCGACAAGCAACAAGAAGGAUGUACUCGAGCAAGCGCGCCGCGCGCGAGAGGAACGGGCGGCUGCGCGUGAACGACAGGAGCUGGCAGCGCAGCGCGUGGCAGCCGUCGUUAUCCUGCAGAAGAACGUGCGGCGAUUUUUAGCCUGCCGCCUCGCACGGCGGCAACGACUGACCAUCUUCGAUCACCUCAUAGCUGCCGCCAGUGACGAUGCACCUGCGCGGCCUCGAGCCGGUAGUCAACCCAGUGCACUGGAGAUCCAGACAGCCGUUCACCACUUCCUGCAGGCGACGCCCGGUAGUACCACAAACGUGGACGCUGGCGCACGCUUGCAGCGCCUCUGCUACACGAUACUACAGAGCGCCACGGCUUCGGUACCCCGUUCUUCAAAUUACUUCAGCCUCGCCACACAGCGCGAGACUGCCCCGGCUUGGCUGAGCCAAGUUCAAGCACUCGCACAACUACUCAUCGUGGCGUGGGAAGCCAGCAUUUCCCGGCGCAAAGAAGAUGUAGAGGCAGUCACCCUCUACGUUCAAACCCUGCUCCUGCUUUCCAGCCACACCGCCUGGAAGCUGGAGGCCGGUGAUCCCACAGCGCAGCAGGCCCUCAACGCGGCCUUGAACAUCUUUUCUGCCAGUGUGGCCAACAAGAUUGCCAGCCACCUCUGUAAUCUUUCCACGGCCACCUUGUUGGUGCUGCGUGUGAUCCAUACCACCAAUAAGCACGUCCAUGCCCUGCCGGUGCUCUUGGUGCCGGGAUGGACUCGCCAUGUCCGAGCGUGUGUUCCUCCCGUUUGGCCCCUGGCCGACAAGCAACAAUUUGUGGCUCGCAUACUGCCGCACCUGAGUCAGGAGGAACACUUCAAUUCGCUCAUCACCACCUGGUCCGCCAACGAUGCCCUGUUCGUUCUGGGCAACCUCGCCGAUGGACUUCUCGACGAAGAGGUUGACGCUCAGGUCCCCCUCGCCGACGUCAUGGAGGUGUGCCAGCGUUUGCUGGUGCAUUGCGCCAGCUUUGCCAAAAGCGCCCAUGGAGCCACCAGCACCGAGCACCCACUCUUGGGCUGGACCAGCUGCCAUACGUCGCGCGCGCUGUUGGACUGCAUGCCCACCGUCUUACAACAACUGCAGCCUUUGUGGCAACGCCGAGCGAUCCGGGCGACCUUUCAAAGCGUGUGGACCGAAACCGACCGUUUAGUGCGCCAAGGCGAGGGUUCAGGCACUUCCAAGCGCUCAGGGGGGUUGCUGCGCUUCUUCACGGGUCGACCCGAUCCUAGCCAGUUUGUAACCAGUGCGGCGGCCAUGCAUGUGCGCCAUGCCUCGGAGUUUUAUGACAUUCUGUGCACCUCCUUGCAUGCGGCUCGUGUGGAAAUUAUCGCCAGCCUGGCGUUUGUCCCCGAACUCGUUCCUCGACUUUGGACCUUUAUGGACCACAUUGGGCCUAAAGGAGGCAUGGCCGUCUUUGUGGAUGCGCUACCCGAGCUGGAGAAAGAGCCGCUCUUGCCCAUACUCUCCUUGACCACGAUGCUGACCUCGCACCUGCUGUUGGUGCUUGAUGAUCUCGAGAUCUUUGAGCAAGAAGACCCCUUCCGGCCCGACCAGUUGUUGAAAAUUGCUCGAUGCCUGCACGUCUUUGUGUUCCGGGCAUUGUGGGAAGCCCCAGACCCACAGGCACCAGCGUCAGCGACCGGCAGUUCGUCGAGCACGUCAACGGCAGUCAAAAGUCCGGACAAUGUGCCGCGCACGAAUCGGGCUGCACGCCAGCAACAGGCCUUGCUGCGACAACGCCGGGAGCUGCGGGAUGCAACCUCAGCACUCCUGCGUCGCAUAUGCGACAUUGAUUCGCGGCGCCCUUUUAUCCCGCUCGACCAUUGGAAGAUUCGUGGCGUCCCAUCGGCGACCAUCGUCAAGCGUUUGCACGCCGAACGAUCGGCCCACCCUGCACCGGCUUACCGGCCGGCGUCCAACGUGCUCGCGCAUCUACCACACAUUUUGGGCUUUCACGAGCGC